CGCCCUCCCACAUUGCUCUCAUCCCGCGAUUAUCCUCGCGAUAUCAUCACUACGACUAGCUACAACUCUGGCCAGGCAGCAUCAGCUGCGCACCCCUCACAUCAGCUGGCCACCUCAGCCGCGGCUCUGUCUCAGACCUCGACGGCUGUCUCAGACAGAAGCAGGAGGAUACGGUCCCCAACAGUAUCGCAACAGGGGCCGGUGGUGACGACAUCAGCAGCUGCAGAGGAGGAAGAGGAGCAGUACGAGCUCGACGACUACCUACAAAUCUCGGCGCGGCGCGAGCGCGAGGAGAGAGAAGCGAGGAGAGCAGCCAAGAGGGCCGAGAAGCGUCGUUGGCUCCAAGAUAGGGACGAGAUGAAGUUCUCUCACAGCAUCCAGUUCAAUGCCGUGCCGGACUGGAGCAGUCACUACAUUGCCUAUAGCAAUCUCAAGAAAUUAAUCUAUCAGCUCGAGAAAGCCGUUCACCAGACCAACCACUCCCACGCCGGCGAUGCCGAGUCACGGCCCCUCAUACCCUCCGACGACCCCGAGGGCGUCUUCAAGCGUGCCCUCGAUGUCGAGCUCGAGAAGAUCAUCUCGUUCUACCAGAUCAAGGAGCGUGAGCUGAUAGACGAGGUGAACCAUUUACUGAACGACGUUGGCCGCUUUGAAGAGGAGGAGGACGGCGAGAACGGCACGGCUGACAGGCCCCCGACAGGCCACAGCAACAGCCACGUGCAGAACAGACAGCUGGGCGGGCGGAGGGACAGCGCGCAUAGCCAUCGCUCUACCGAGGACGGUGUCGAGGAAGACAGCGACGAGGAUGAGGACGGGGACGAGACCACUGCGCUGACGGCGCCGUCGAGCCGCAGGCGUCGUGUCAGCCAACUGAGCGGGCGGCGUCGGUUGGCACCCCAGGGCCCUGUGACGGAUCUGACGGUCUCGACGGAGCUGACGAGGUCGGUGCGCCGGAUGAGCGCCAGCUACGAUGACUACGAGCAGGCGGUGCUGUUCUCUGGCGGGAUCAUGCUCAAGAAGCGCAUCAUCGGCCUGUAUGUUCAGUUGUGCGAGCUCAAGAGCUACGUGCAGCUGAACAAGACUGGAUUCCGCAAGGUGCUGAAGAAGUUCGACAAGAUCCUAGACCGGCGGUACAGGCCGGUGUACAUGGAGAAGUAUGUCGAGCCGGCAUAUCCCUUCCAGGAGGCGACAAUGCGAGCCGUCGAGGAGAAUAUCAGCAAAAUGGAGCAGGCCUACACCGACAUCGUGACUAACGGCAACGAGGAGGCGGCCAAGAGGGACCUCCGCAGCCACCUCCGUGAGCAUGUCGUGUGGGAACGAAACACCGUGUGGAGAGACCUCAUAGGCAUGGAGCGCAGGGCGGAGGCCGCAAGCUUGGGCCGUGCGCUGCUGGGCAGAGGGGACGCCAUCAAGACGAGACUGCAGGGCGAUGAUGACGAUUCUCCCGAGACCAAGGCGAUCAUGACUCCUGUUGGCAGGUUCACAUGUCCUGUUUGGCUAUUCAGCUCGGCCAUGUUCACCCUGCUGAUCAUCCUCGUGGUGUUCUUCGUGCUGCUCUUCAUCCCGAUUAUGGAGAAGCCGGAGCAACAGAAUUGCCUGGCGAUGCUGGUCUUUGUGAGCUUGUUGUGGGCCACCGAGGCAAUCCCGCUCUUCGUCACCUCCCUGAUGAUCCCGUUCCUGUGCGUCCUCCUUAACGUGAUCAUAGCGGAACAGCCGCCACAUGUGAGGCUGGACUCUAAGAAGGCGACUGCGUACAUAUUCUCUGCGAUGUGGACGCCUGUGAUUAUGCUCCUGCUCGGCGGCUUCACGCUCGCGGCUGCGCUGUCCAAGUGUAAGAUUGACAAGCGCAUUGCCACUUUUGUGCUCAGCAAGGCGGGCACCACACCGAGGACGGUGCUCGUCGCGACCAUGUUUGUUGCUGCUUUUGCGAGCAUGUUGAUCAGCAACGUGGCUGCUCCAGUGCUGUGCUUCUCUAUUAUCGAGCCUAUGCUCCGCAACCUUCCCUCUGACUCCAACAUGUCCAAAGCCGUCAUCAUGGGUAUAGCCCUUGCGUCCAACAUUGGCGGCAUGCUCUCACCCAUCGCCUCACCGCAGAACGUGGUGGCACUGGGCAUCAUGGCUCCCGAACCCGGCUGGGGCCAGUGGUUCUUUAUUGUGAUCCCUGUCGGCAUCGUCUCGAUCUGUCUCAUCUGGCUUCUGUUGCUCGUCACCUUUCGUCCUGGUCGCGGUACGACUAUUGUUCCUAUCCGCCAGGUUCAGGAUAAGUUCACGGGCGUGCAGUGGUUUGUCUCGAUUGUCACAAUCGGGACCAUCGCUUUGUGGUGUGCGAGUCACCAGCUCGAACCAGUCUUUGGCGAUAUGGGCGUCAUUGCCAUCAUACCAAUUGUACUGUUUUUCGGUGUUGGGAUCUUGACCAAAGAGGACUUCAAUAAUUUCCCCUGGACCAUCAUCAUCCUUGCAGCUGGUGGAUUGUCCCUUGGCAAGGCAGUCAAGUCCUCUGGUCUCCUCGACACCGUCGCGGUCGCUAUCAGCCACCGCGUGGAGGGGAUGAGCCUGUACGGCGUUCUGGUCGUGUUCUCGUGCCUGAUCCUCGUCAUUGCGACUUUCAUCAGCCACACCGUGGCAGCCUUGAUCAUACUGCCGCUGGUCUAUGAUGUUGGUGCGUCGAUGGAGGAGCCACACCCGAACCUGUUGGUCAUGGCGGGCGUCCUGAUGUGCUCUGCCGCGAUGGGACUGCCGACGAGCGGGUUCCCGAAUAUGAGUAAGUACCGCGUCAUUGCUAUCCAUCGACUGCUCGAAUUCUGCGAUCAUGAAGGAGGACCCGGCCGGUUCCUGAACGCGAUGCUCUCCGCAUUCACGGCUCGACCUAUCAUCGAACUCAAGCAGAGGGACAAGUCCAAGAUAGAAACUAUUCUGGCUUAUGGCGACCGCGUGCUUGUUGGCCUGAACACAGGCAGCUUGCGAGUCUACCGUCUGAACGAGCUCGAACCUCCAGCCCUCCCUUCCUCGCCCUCCUUGUCCUCCCAGCAUAACAAGACGACUACGAACGGCUCGUCAGAUAAGCACGAUAAUGCCCAGGCAGUCGGCUCACUGGACGCCGCGGGGUUCCAGCCCACGCCCGCGAAAGCUCAACCGAAGCCGACCGACCUCCUCCGAGAGGUAGAAAAGUUCUCAACGCGGGCCAUCGAACAGCUGGCGAUCAUCAAGGAGGCCAACACGCUGGUCUCCCUGUCCAACUACGCCAUCUCGCUGCACGAUCUGCAGACGUACGAACCGCUGGGCGGCUGCGCGCCCCUUGCGCGCUCCAAGAACGCCUCGUGCUUCGCCGUCACGUCCAACAUCGUGCGCGACACCGAGACAGGCAUUCCCGAGAUCAUCUCGCGCAUGGCCGUCGCCGCCAAGCGGAAGCUGCUGCUGUGGAACUGGCACGAGAGCGAGCUGUCUCCAGACGUCGCCGAGGUCGUGCUUACCGAGGCCAUCCGCACCGUGACGUGGGCGAGCGCCACAAGGCUGGUGUGUGGCAUGAACGCCGGGUACGUGUUGGUCGAUGUGGUCACAGGUACUGUGGAGGAUGUUGUCGCACCAGGCCACAUCGCGGGUGCCGGCCAGGGGAGCAGGUUUGGCGCCAUGAGCAGCGCCGGCAUGGGCUACAUGGGCUUGGGCGGGUACGUGCCUAGGCCAUUGGCGACGAAGCUGGCCGAUGGGCAGAUGCUGCUCGCCAAGGACAUCAACACUCUCUUCAUCACGGACGAGGGCAAGCCGGUGCCCGACAAGAAACAGAUCCCCUGGCAGUCUGCGCCCGAGGGCGUGGGGUACUCGUACCCAUACAUCCUGGCGCUGCAGAGCCCUACGAAGGGCUCGCUGGAGGUCAGGAACCCGGAUACGCUGAGCCUGCUGCAGACGGUCCCGCUGCCGGGCGCCGCGAAUCUGCAUUUCCCGCCGCCCACCGUGAGUCUUGCCCACGCGGGCAAGGGCUUCCACAUCUCGAGCGAGAGGGUGGUGUGGAAGAUGGACGCGACCGACUAUGACUCGCAGAUCGAGGAACUGGUGGGCAGCGAGAGGUACGACGAGGCCAUUAGCGUGCUGGCCAUGCUGGAGGAUGCACUGUUGAAGAACAAGACGGAGACUAUGCGGAGCAUCAAGAUGCAGAAGGCGGAGGUGCUGUUUCGCGCAAAAAAGUAUCGCGAGUCCAUGGAUUUGUUCAACGAGGACGAGGUGCAUGCGCCGCCGGAACGGGUCCUGAGGCUGUUUCCCAAGAGUAUCGCAGGCGACUUGUCUGGUCACCCCGAGGACAAGGAGAGCGACGAGUCAGAGGAUGAGGCGCAUCAUGUCAAGGUGGUGGGGGGCGAGAAUGGCGAGAAGACGCACGCACACCCACAUGGACAUGGACAUGGGCACGCACACGCACGUAAGGAGAGCGACGCCACUUCGAACCAUACCGAGGAGGUUUCCUCGCCAACAAAUAUGGGUGGUGGGUUUGCGAGGAUGCUGCUUGGGCACCGCACAAAGGCCAACCCGGAGACCGCCUCCAUCACCUCGUCUACAAAGAAAGGGGCCGAUACAGACGAUGCGGGCAGUGUGGAUGGCAAGUCUUCUGGCGACGAUAACAGCGUGCCGGAGGGAAAGGACCUGAAGGAAGCCGUGCUUGAGCUGCGAGGGUUCCUGGCCGGCACGCGCGCGCGUCUGCAGCGCGUCCUCGAUCCUGUGACGGGCAGGUUGAAACUAAAGCCUGCUCAGACUGGCUCCAGCGAACAGGCCCUGCGAAGUCUCCUCAGCACCACCACUGGCGGGCGAGACGAGUCUGAGAAUGAGCUGGAGCGCCACCUCCAGGACACGUUCAAGAUGGUCGACACCUGCCUCUUCCGGGCAUACAUGUUUUCCGCACCCACGCUCGCCUCCUCGCUGUUCCGCAUUCCCAACUUCUGCGACCCGGAUGUGGUCAACGAGAAGCUUCUCGAGCACAACCGGUACAACGAGCUCGUCGAUUUCUUUUACGGCAAGAAGCUCCACCGCCAGGCCCUCGAGCUCCUCAAGAAGUUUGGCGAGGGCGACAAGCCCAACGACAAGGCGCCAGGGCUGCACGGCCCGCAGCGCACGGUGGGGUACUUGCAGAACCUCCCUCCCGAGAUGAUCGACCUGAUUCUCGAGUUCUCGGAGUGGACCCUGCGCAAGGCACCGGACCUGGCGAUGGAGGUGUUUGUCGCCGAUACAGAGAACGCCGAGACGUUACCGAGGCACCGCAUCGUGCAGUUCCUGGACAGGAUUGACGCGAAGCUGGAGGUGAGGUAUCUUGAGCACAUCAUCACGGAGCUCAACGACCUGACGCCCGACUUCCACAACCGGCUGGUGGAGCUGCUCGUGCAGCAGCUCAAGGGGGCCAAUAUCCGCGACGUGACGUGGGAAGCAGAGAUGGCACGGCUUGUGCGGUUUCUGAAGGAGAGUGGGCAGUAUAGUCUGGGGCGGGCCUUUAGCCUUCUCAAGGGUGACGAUCCGGCAUUCUACGAGGCACAGGCUAUCGUGUUUAGCAACAUGGGUGAGCACAGAGCGGCCCUGCUGAUUUAUGUUUUCAAGAUGCAAGAUUACGCCAAAGCAGAAGAAUACUCCUCGAAAGGGCACAGGCCGUCUUCAGCACACGAUGAUACCAAUGAUGCCACCCCAUCUAUCUACCAGACCCUGCUCUCCCUUUACCUUACACCGCCGCCGCCCAAUAAACCUAACCUAGAACCGGCGCUCGACCUUCUCUCUAAACACGGCUCCCGGCUCCCCGCGGCGUCGACCCUGUCCCUGAUCCCAGACACGCUCCCCAUAGCAGACCUUGAGUCUUACUUCCGCGGGCGCAUCCGUGCAGCCAACAGCGCGGUGAACGAGAGCCGCAUCGUGGCUGGGCUGCGCGAGACAGAGUUCGUCGCGAGCCAGGCGUUGUUGCUGCUGGGCGACGGGGUGCCAGGUGGACAGGGCGGGCGCAACAGGAGGGUGGUUGUUCAUGAUGAGAGGGUGUGCGGGGUGUGUCAUAAGCGGCUCGGCGGGAGCGUGGUUGCUGCGUUGCCUGACAAUACCGUCGUACAUUAUGGGUGUCUGCAUCGGGCGACGACGACGACGACGACAACGACCGUGUCCUUGGCCCGGUCCUCGUCCAUCCUCUGCGUGAGCUCCUUGUUGAUCUGCUCCUGCAUGGCGGAUGUGGCCUUGCGCAGGUCGGCCAGGUAUCUUGUCUUGUCAGGCACGGUUGGGUUGGUGGUGCCCGAGGGAGGGGCCUGGAGGUCGUGGGUGAGGGUGAAGGGAGCGUUGGUUGGGGAGGUGUACGUUGCCGAGAGGGAGAGUUUCUGGUCGGAGGAUGCCAUUAUGAUGUGCGAGAAUCUUGGAAACUGGUUCGAGGUGGAGGAGAGGUCGGUGGUCGGUCUCUGGCGGAAAUCACUGUAG